AUGGGGUGUAUGAGCUCCAAAUCCGCCGCGACCCCGGCGGAGAAGGAGGCCGUUCAACAGAAUGCACGGAUCGAAAAGGUGAUCAAAACUGAUAAGAAGACGUUGGAUCGAACAAUCAAGAUUCUGCUCCUCGGUGCUGGAGAAUCGGGGAAAUCGACUAUCAUUAAGCAGAUGCGAAUCAUCCACGCGGGCGGAUUCCCUGACGAUGAGCGCCGACAAACGCGGGCGGUCAUUUACUCCAACAUGGUGAUCGCCUUCAAGGUCCUCUUGGAAAUCAUGCGAACCCAGAAAAUCGAUUUCGAGCUAGAGAAGACAAAGCCGUUAGCAACCCUCAUCGACAAGACGGACCCGGACGUAAAUAUUGAUGACGCCUUUACGGACCUCACGAUUCGAGACGCCAUGCAGGAAAUGUGGGAGGAUAAAGGUGUUCAAAAAGCUGUCGCUCGAGGUCACGAGUUUGCUCUACAUGAUAAUCUGCAAUACUUCUUCAGUUCUCUCGAUCGCGUUUUCACGCCAGGAUGGCUUCCAGAUAAUCAGGAUAUGCUACAAGCCCGUCUCCGGACGACAGGGAUCACGGAGACGCUGUUUGAGCUAGGUCAGAUGAACUUUCGCAUGAUGGACGUUGGUGGCCAGCGCUCAGAGCGAAAAAAGUGGAUUCACUGUUUCGAAGGCGUCCAAUGUCUUCUAUUCAUGGUUGCGCUGUCUGGUUAUGACCAGUGCCUGGUUGAAGACCAGAAUGCUAACCAAAUGCACGAGGCCAUGAUGCUGUUCGAGUCCCUGGUGAACGUUGACUGGUUCAAGCGCAAACCUAUCAUCCUCUUCCUUAACAAGAUUGAUCUCUUCAGGGGGAAACUCGGCGUCUCGCCCGUCUCCAAACAUUUCCCGGACUACGCCGGAUCGGACACUGAUUUCGAUGCGGCGGCCAAAUAUUUCGCGGAUCGAUUCCGGGGCAUCGAUCGAAUCCCAGAUCGCGAGAUCUACAUUCAUUACACGAAUGCCACCGACACCACCUUGCUCAAGGCAACGAUGGAUUCGGUACAAGACAUGAUCAUCCAAAAGAACCUGCACACGUUGAUUUUGUAA